AUGCAAACCAGGCGCGGCCACAUCGUCAUUUGGGACGCGGGACAAGCGCACUGCAACUUCCCCAACAACAGCCCCAAGUGCCGCAUCUACCAGUUCGUGAGGAUGAUGCCGGCUCUCAAGGAGUGUGCGGUGAGAGACAAGCACUCGCCGUUCGCCGUCGUCCAGAAGUACCCCAACGUCAAGUUCUGGGAAGACGUGGAGCUCACUCCCCUUGGGCGCAAGCUCGUAGGACUCGACCCCUGGGAUUGA